GAAAAUCAUCGUGUGCAUCUUUCAUUGAAUGUGCUCCGCCGCAGUUUUUGUAUAGAACAGUAAACAGUGAUCCCCAAUCCAUCGUUCAGUGGUGCAAAACUACCAGAAUGUUGCGGAAAACAGUGGUUGUGCUACUCCUGUUGCUGCUAGUAAUGAACAUCGAUGGAGGGAAAUCAAAGAUAAAAAAAAGAGAAUCUCUCUUCAGCAAAGUGCGUUUGAUAACGCAUGCUACCAUGGACUUAUAUCGCAUACUGAAAACGAUUAUGAGUCACUCAGGAAGUGCAAGUAUACUUCUGAGCGAACUGUUCGACUGGUUCACGGGCGACGAUACACAUGGACAUGAUCUCAAUGAAGUCAAUACAAAGUUGACGGAUAUUUCGUCUCAGUUGAACUGGAUCAUGAUGCGUAUGGAGGCGAAUUUCGCGAUCUUAGAACGAACAAUCAGCCAACUGCCACUGGCAAUUGAAGUUGACAACAUAAAGCGGGAACUAGCGAUGACCAUUAGAAAAAUAAAAAAUUUGUACGAUGUAGCGCUCGGUUUUUCAAGCGAUAUCAGUCGACAUAAUGGAGUGGAGCUGCAGAAUGUAGCAAAUACACUGACAGGAAGACAGGCCGGAGAUCUGCGAGAUAGUCUAUCCAAGUUGUAUGAUUACAUUGUACCGGUGACUGCGCAAAAUCUCAAACAGAGCUUCUUGGAUCUUCUGAAUCAUGAUGUCCAGGCGAAAGACGAAAAUCUGUGCGGGGAUCAAUCACCUAAUCAGUAUUUAUACCAGCUGCACAAAAUUGUUGUUGCAACCGAGAUGAUGGGCCAGGUCGCUUUAACUUUUGGGUACUAUUUGCAACAUCAAUUGAAUAAUGUCACUAUUGAUACUGAACUGCAACAAGCUCAGGAAGAACGUCAAGAAAGAUUGAAGAAUUACUUCAGAAAGUUCAAGAGUUCCAUGAAUGACGCAUCACUAAGCUCACGUCCAUGUGACCGUGAAAAUCUCAUCAGAGAUAAAACUUUUUUUGAAAUGGAAAAGCUUUAUCAAGCGGUCCUCGUGGAGGACUACAAUCUGAACAACAACGACUCAUGUAAAGGCACAUGUGAUACCAUCGAUGUGCCCAUGCAUAGGAAUGACAAUGAUGGAGUACUUUGCACUCGUCUGGACAGGUGUUGGAUUCUAGAAACAGCGCAAUAUUGUAUACAACCACACGAGCUCAGACGGUACGAGUGGAUCGAAGAUCAACGCGGUGGCAUUUACGGCGUUAAAAAUGGCUGCCAAGGUCAACAACUUGCGACACCUGGUUGGUGGAAAGGAUUAUAUGAAUGUGAAAACUGCAUCUGCACGUGUGUAGGCGGUCACAAGGAGAGGAUGGCGACCGAAAUUCAGGCCUUCAGUUUACGAGUAUCACGGAGCAACAUUACAGAGAAUAUGGUCGUGACGGGAAUCAAAUUUUCAAGACACGAAUCGAUUAUUUGUAUCCAAAUAAAGGAAGGAAAAUUACUCCCUGGCGGUGAAAUCGAGAAGAAUUCCCAAAGAUGGACAGACUGCGAUCUAUCCUACUCAUCUUACCGGCUGGCAAGAUUUGGCACGUCUGAUUACGUUCACGGAACGGAUUUCGUUCUUCUGAAUCGAUCUUACAACUAUAUUGAUCUUGAUGACAUAAUUGAACACCAGGAUUCCAUUGUUACCGGUGUAAAGUUUGGUCUUACUAGUUCUUGCGCGGGAGAGAAACACGUUAAAUUACAACUAGAGUACACGAAAUUCAAUUUCUCAUCUGGUGAAUUGACUUCCAGAGAUGGAUCGCGCUCAUCCUCUACCUGCCACAACCAAAAGAUAAAUAUCGCCGAUACCGACAGUCCAUUGAAUCAGAAUAAACCGAGAGAUCAGAAUACUGUAGAUUCCGGAUCGAAUACUUAUGUCAGCUUCGGGUGGUCCAGCUUCAAGAGAGACGUGGGACAGACGACUUUGCCACUGUUGGAUGCCCAACCGGUUGAGACUAACCCACCAGCCCCAUUAUCCGGCGCUGGAUUAUUUCACAAAUCUUCGCCUGGUUAUGGAGGAUUUCUGGCAUUGAAAAUCAACACUCUCAAUUAUGGAAGAUACAUGGAAGACGAAAUAACUGAAGGCUACAUCGUGGGUUCAGUCGGAAAAGUGUUGCCACCAGUUAACGGAAAAGCGGUUGUCAAUCCAAUUCACGCGUUUGAUCAACAAACCAAAGAAACUGAUGAUAAUUCUUCCUCAUACUCUCCUUACAUUACAUUCCUGGUCAUGCCACUUUUUGUCUUUGCAGGUCUCUAUAUUUUUACCAUUUACAAAAAAUGGCAGAAUAAUGCUCGUCCGAUAAUUGUAUUACCGACGAUUUCCUCUGACGAAAGAGUUAGAUUAUCUAGAGCGAUGGUCAUUGACAAAAGCGUGCCAUGACGAUUUUAUUUCUUAUUUUACAAUGCUAAUAUUACUUCAAUAUUCACAUUUUCUACAUGUUCGGUUUCCUUGAAUUCUGUUACAGAAUAAUUUACUUUAAAAGAAAAAAUUGAAGAGGGAAACCUAGCGAGUUUGGUAGGUAAGGCUAUUCGAAUCAUAUUGCAUUUAUAGUUAACAAGAUUCGUUGGAAUGUUUCAAAGCUUGAUAGAAACAAAUUAAAGAAACUGAUGUUAA